UACGAGUGUAAGUGUGCACGUGCGAACCUGAGCCAUUAGCGCGGAUUCCACACACACACACACACACACACACACACACUCAGUUGUUACCGCAGUUAAUAUAUAUAUAUAUACAUAUAAAAGGAUAUUCGUAAACUAUUGGUCUAAUAUAGCAACGUUUAAAGGACCAGCGGAUAAAAGAAGCUCUAAAAGUUUUUACCCCCUCCCCUUCAUUCCGGUUGGUGGCGGAGUCCUCAUUUUUGUCCGCUUUUUUCCCUCUUCGUUGAUGAUGACAUUGAUGAGGAGGAGGACGAUGAGGAGGAGGAUGACACUUAAUCAGUCUGCCAUGAUCCCAUGUGAGAUGUUUUAAAGCGCUGAUCCUGUUCGGAUGAGGAAGGAAACCGCAGCGCAGCGCGCUUUACGCACCGCACAGCACCGCACCGCACCGCAGCGCGCUUUACGCACAGAGGAGUGAACUUUAGUGGAGUUUGAUUUAUUGAUUUGUUAUACUUUUUUUUGUUGUUCUUGCUUUUGUUUAUGUUGCGUUGACUUAAACGGUGAGCCUGUGUGUGUGUUGUGUGCGUUGUCGUGAUUCCUACAUAAGAAGAUUUGCACAGAGGGAAGGAUGGCGAGGAGAAAACAGAGAGAACCCAGGAAAGCUGCAGCCUACCUUCCAUUGGUCGAGAUGGAAGCAGCUACGUUGGAAGAAGAGCGACUUCAAGGUGACAGCCCUGUCUUGGAAGACGACGGAGAAUGCAUAUACAAUGAAGAAGAGGACGCGAAAGAGUCUCGGAGAUUCCAGGAUUCCCCUAAUAGUAAUCUCACCAUCCCAGAUACUGGCUAUCUUUCCCCACUCAGUGACGCAAGCGAUCAGAUUCCUGAUUUUAAGAGUGUUUCUUCGAAAGAAGGACACGAAGAGGACGAGGCGCUGAAAGGCUCGGAUAACGGCGUUCUGGAUAACCUGGCGCAAACGAAAGGCGUGUGUGCACACCUGAUCUCUGAUGCUUCCUGGUCUAAUGUUGUGAUGAAUAUCAUGAAAACCAGGUCAGCGACAUCUGGAGCAGCUAGCGUAGGGAGUACAAAUGCUACUUUCAUAAUGAACAGACCAAGCAACCACAAUCGAGGUAUCCUUAAUGGAAGGGCAGAAGGCAGUUCAAACGGCUGCACAGUUAAUAAUGGCAAAGCUUCUAAUGGUGCCGGAGUAGUAUAUGACUGGCAUCAGGCAGCUGUUGCCAAAACGCUCCAACAAGCCCAUCAGCACUUAGCAGCAGAGUCGAGCCUUUUUAGCACAGUGCAGCUUUACCGGCAAAACCACAAACUCUACGGCUCGGUUUUGACUGGCGCUAGCAAGUUCAAAUGCAAGGACUGCAGUGCUGCAUAUGACACACUAGUAGGUCUUACAGUUCACAUGAGCAAUACUGGUCAUUACCAUGAUGACAACCAAGAGAAAGAAGAAGAAAAUAACGGCAAACACUGGUCCAAGCCACGAAAGCGUUCAUUGUUGGAAAUGGAGGGCAAAGACGAUGCCCAGAAAGUGCUAAAAUGCAUGUUUUGUGGCCACUCAUUUGAGUCAUUACAGGACUUAAGUGUCCACAUGAUUAAGACUAAGCAUUACCAGAAAGUGCCUCUAAAGGAGCCCAUGCCAGCCUUGGCCAACAAACUGGUGCCAGCAGCCAAAAAAAGGUUAUUUCAUGAUUCCUCAACAUCACCGUGUUCCCCGAAGUCAAUUACAUGCUCCAGUAGAGUGGCUUCAAUGGUUCAGAUGAAGUCCACUGUUAAUCCUUACGUUACACCAAACAAUCGCUACGGAUACCAGAACGGUGCAAGCUACACGUGGCAAUUUGAGGAACGCAAAGCACAAAUCCUAAAGUGCAUGGAGUGCGGGAGCUCGCAUGAUACUCUGCAGCAACUCACAGCCCACAUGAUGCUCACGGGUCACUUCCUGAAGGUCACCAACACUACACUGAGGAAAGGAAAGCAGCUCGUGUUGGAAGAAUGUGUUGAGGAAAGAAUACAGUCAAUUCCAUUACCUCCGACAACUCCUAUUGUUAAACUCCAGUCCGUGUCCCCUGCGCUGUCUUCUGGCUCAGAGGCCAGGAAGGAUUUGAAGGAUGUUAGUGAACCUGUGCAGAAAAAGAUCAAGGAGGAAAUGGAAGAGGUCAGUUUGGAUUCCAUGCCAAACAAGUACCUAAGAGAGGAAGACUUUGAGGAGACUGCUAAAGCAGGAUUGGAUAUUCUAAAGUCUCUAGAGAACACAGUGUCUAGUGCCAUCAACAAGGCUCAGACAGGAACACCUACCUGGGGAGGAUACUCCAGCAUCCACGCCGCUUAUCAACUUCAGGGAGCUGCAAAGACAUCGUUACUUCCUCCUGGGGUUCAAAAUGUGCAGGCGGUCAUUAACAGCAACCCACUUGAACCUGAUCCUGGAUUAUUAAUUUACUCCCCCUCAAGACAAUCAGUACCCCUGUCACUCAGGAACAGUGUAUCUACCAUGGAAGAGCUGGUGGCCAAGGUCUCAGGAAAGACCCUGGGGAAGAAAGAGAGGGAAGGAAGGAUGGGGAGUGCAGACGCAGCCAAAUUAACAUCACCAUUACCAAGAGAAAACAAAAAUGGUUUUGAUGCAACAGAAAAUGGAGGUUUUUGCAAAGUGGAACCUGUGGAGAUGCCAGUUGAAAGCCAGAAUGAGAUUUAUAGUCAAGAACUAUGCAAAUCACCCAUCGAUAAUGGCCACAGUUUAAAGAUGGUUCAUGAUCAUUCAUCUGAGGGGCCUUUCAUCAGUCCCCUUAGUUCACUACAAUUAGUUGUGAACACACAUCUUCCCAAAACAUCUAAGGAAGUCACGUCCUCCUCUGAUCCUCUUUCAGUGUUAUCUAAGUUUAGCAACAGGAUGGAGGACCAAACUGCAUUCCAUUCUUCAUCUAAUGAGCAAAAUGGAAUGCUUCAUGCAGAGUUCUACGAGAACAUUGACCAGCCUAUAGAUCUCAGAAAAUGCAAAAGCAGCCCUGGAAGCGUCAGUCAAGAAAGCGUUAUUAUUCCCAGCAGCCACAAAGUCACAAACAGCAAAACUAAUGAAAGAUUCUCUCCUCUGUCAGAUUCUCUAAACCUACGAGAAAAUGCCCUAAUGGACAUCUCAGACAUGGUGCAGAGCCUCACUAGUCAGCUCACUCCCAAGUCCUCUACUCCACCUUGCCUUUUAGCAAAAUCUGACAUAGAUGGACGCUCAUGUGAGGAUAUGACAGAGAACCUUACGUUUGCGCAGAAACAUAAGGGUCGCCAGUCAAACUGGAACCCUCAGCACCUUCUCAUUCUUCAGGCUGAGUUUGCAUCAAGUCUGCGACAGACGCCUGAAGGUUGCUACACUGUAACUGAUCUCUGUCCCCACGAACGUGUGAAAAUCUGCAAGUUCACCGGUCUUUUAAUGCCCACUGUCUCCCACUGGCUUGCUAAUGUGAAGUACCAGCUCCGGAGAACAGGCGGGACCAAGUUUCUGAAGAACCUGGACUCCAGGAAUCCGUUGUUCCUUUGCGGAGAGUGCGAUUCGAAAUUUAAGACUCCUUCUGCUUACAUUAACCAUCUGGAAUCUCACCUUGGCUUUAGCCUCAAGGAAAUGGCCAAGAUGUCGCCGAGGUGAAGAAAAGAAUAGAGAAUGCCGUUUGACUCAUUAAUUCAUCAGAGGACCCUCUGGUUUUUGUUCUCCUACAUUCACACUGGCGAGUGAAAAAAGCAAUAUAUGGCCACUGCAUUCCUCGUACGAUAUUUUCUACAGUUUAUGCAAACGAGUUCUGAUGCAGUGACAGAUAAAUCCAUGCUAUUUCCUUGACAAAAUCCAUGCACCAAUCCAACCUUAAGCACAUAAACCGAUCAGGCAUAAUAUUAUGACAUUAUAACGUCUUGAGCAAGUGAAUAACACUCAUUAUCUAUUCAUCAUGGCACCUGUUAGUAGGUGGAAUAUAUUAGACAAGCAAGUGAACAUUUUGUUCUCAAAUUUGACGUGUUAGAAUCAGGAAAAAUAGGCAAGCGUAAGGAUUCGCACGAGUUUGUCAAGGGGCCAAAUUUCAAUAGCUAGACGACUGGGUCAGAGCAUCUCCAAAACUGUAGCCCUUGUGAGCUGUUCCCGGUCUGCAGUGGUCAGUGUCUAUUAAAAGUGGUUCAAGAAAGGAACAUUGAAGAAUCAGCAACAGGGUCGUGGGCAGUUAAGGCACAUAAAUGCAUGUGGGGAGCAAAGGCUGGUCCGUGUGGUCCGAUUAAACAGACGAGCUCCUGUAGCUCAAAUUGCUGAAGAAGUUCAUGCUCUUGAUGCUCGACGGACUGUUUUGGCAGCAAAAGAGGAACCAACACAAUAUUAGGCAGGUUGUCAUAAUGUUAUGCCUGAUCAGUGGCCAUCAAGUUAUGGUGGUUAUGGUGUACAUGACGUACUAUUUCUUCAUAGAAAAUGGACAGGCCACACCCGCUAACAAAGCUGGAGAAAAAACAUCAGUACCAUGUUUCUCGCUAGCGUGAAUGAAGGGUUAGCGUGUUUUAAGGGACGAACAGGGAUGUCGUUGCACUUUUUCUCCAUCGUCCAGGCCAUAAGUGUCUAGUGAUACUGAAAUCUGAAGACGUUUCUGCACUCAGUCUCGGGCAGGCGAUCCCACAAGCACUGUACUCUUCCUGCACUAAGCCAUUGCAACCCGAAAUGAAAUUUACUUUACAGUUCGAAAACUGCUGUUUAUGGUUUGUUUCUACCUUAAAGCUUUUUAACUCAUGUUUAAACGUAUUUAUUUUCGAUUUGCAUGUGAUGAACGAGUUAACGGCAGAUGAUAUUUGAAUAGAAUUUGAAAAAAAAUAUGAAAUAGUAUGCUAUGUUCAGUCUUCUUGGGCAUUUUGAAAGGUUUGGAUACACAUUUCGGUGCCGUUCGUCGACCUUUUGCUUGUUUGUGUCUUAAAUCUCAGAAAUUUGAAGAUUUGAAAUAAAUAUAAGA